AUGUGCGAUCCACGGGCAGGGCCGUGGCCAGUGGCCCUGGCCACGGGACUGGCCAACAUUGCCACCUACUGUGUCAGGGCCAGCAAAUCGGCCCGUCCAACCAUGUCAACGGGGAAAAGACUUGGCGUUGGUCAAUUGGGUGCAACAGCGAAAGGGGGGGAAGCAUAUCAGAAACGAAGCAGUCAUUAUGCUCCGCGUGCGUUAUUAAUCUCGCCCAAGCAGCCCGCGAGGCGCGGUAAUGAACCAAGCACGGAUACCCGGCGGAAGCCCGCCUUAAAUUGUCUGGACUCGUUCGCCUUUGGCGUCGUGCUCUUGGAGCUGCUCACGGGCAUGCCGGCCUUUGACGACAACCUGGCGCAUCCAGGUCAAGAUUUGCUAGCUUACUUGAAGAAAGAGACGGGACUGGAGCCAGAGAGGUUGACUCGAGUCAUGUGCGAUCCACGGGCAGGGCCGUGGCCAGUGGCCCUGGCCACGGGACUGGCCAACAUUGCCACCUACUGUGUCAGGGCCAGCAAGUCGGCCCGUCCAACCAUGUCCACGGGGAAAAGACUUGGCGUUGGUCAAUUGGGUGCAACAGCGAAAGGGGGGGAAGCAUAUCAGAAACGAAGCAGUCAUUAUGCUCCGCGUGCGUUAUUAAUCUCGCCCAAGCAGCCCGCGAGGCGCGGUAAUGAACCAAGCACGGAUACCCGGCGGAAGCCCGCCUUAAAUUGUGACGCGUAUCAGUUCCGUUACACGUCCAUGAGAUAUAUAUAUAUAUACCCCGACGAUAAUUACAAAGAUGAUUGUUCGGAUGCCCGUUUCCCGUGCGAGCUCGUCACGCCAGUUGGCGUUUCCCAUUGCUCUAAAUCUACAACCCCUUGA